AUGGACUCGUGGCCUCUCCUCCUAACUUGCCUCGGCUUCCUCUCCCUCUCCCGCCACCUCAUCAUCCCUCUCCUCACUUACCUCUCCACCACCGCCGCCGCCGCCAAGCCAGAGGACCUCAAGACCAGGUACGGCCCGUGGGCCAUCGUCACGGGCUCGACCGACGGCAUCGGCCUGGCCUUCGCCGUCCAGCUGGCCCGACACGGCGGCCUCAACCUCGUCCUGGUCGGGAGGAGCCCCGCCAAGUUGAAGCGGGCUUCGGCCCAGAUUUCGUCCGAGGUUGGCAAUCACGUGGAGAUCAGGACGCUGGCGGUGGAUUUCGCGACCACGGAAGACGUGGAGAGAGUGGUGAGGGAUGGAGUGCGUGGGCUGGAGAUCGGCGUGUUGGUGAACAACGUCGGGAUGACGUACCCUGGAGCCAGGUACUUCCACGAGGUGGAGGAAGAGGUGUGGACGGAGAUGGUGAGGGUGAACUUGGUGGGGACGACGAUGGUGACGAGGGCGGUGUUGGGCGGGAUGCUUGAGAGGGGGAAAGGAGCUGUCGUCAGUGUAGGCUCCGGCGCCGCUGCUGUUCUGCCUUCUCAUCCGCUCUUCGCCGUUUAUGCCGCCACUAAAGCCUACGUGGAUCAGCUUUCGAGAUCCUUGCAUGUGGAAUACAAAGAGAUGGGAAUCGACGUCCAGUGUCAGGUGCCGCUGUACGUAGCCACCGAAAUGACGCGCAAAGUGGCCAUGAUCGAGCAACCAUCGCUCUUCAUACCUUCGCCAGAGGCGUACGCAGAGGCAGCAGUUCGUAGGAUCGGCGGCGAGGCUCGCUGCACGCCGUAUUGGGCUCACUCCGUCCAGUGGUACUUGGCUCGUCUCGUGCCGGAAUUCCUCCUCGAUUCCUGGCGCCUCUCCAUUGGAAUCAGCAGAAGGGAACUUGAUAUCGUACGUUGCUCACAGACUUGA